AUGGCAGCUCUCCGCCAACUACUCAAUGCGCGAGGAAUCACCAAGGAUGCAACCACCUCGGAGGAGGACCAGCGACGAGUUGAUGCCAAAAUGCAAGCAAUGGGCUAUUCCAUUUCACCACCAAUACCAACACGACUAAGGUCCAGCAGGAGCGAGGACCAAGGACAGAGACCAUUUCACUCCAAGUUCAACGAGAACGACUUUGCGCAACAUCCUCUGUACCGCGGCGGCGAUCCAAACGGUGCAGAGCACGGCAACUCCUUCGACGACCCUUCUCGUCCCCAACUCUCUCGCUCGGCGACAGAUGAUCAUCUACACCAGAGCUACGCAAUGAACGAUGGCAGGGGUGGGGUGGAUGUGUCAUCGUACUACGAAGAUGGCGAACAAUCGCCUGCACUGUCGCCUGCGUUGAACAAGCACCUCGCACUAAGACCUCUCGACCCGCAUGGGCAACAGCAGCAGCAACAUCCUAGCCAAACCAAACACGGCCGGCAUCGCAGCAGGUCUGCGACAGACGACAAUUUAUACUACGGGGUCGAAAGGGAGAACAAUGCGGUUAGCAAAGAGCACAGGAAGCACAAGCCUAGGCAGGAGUCACUAGCGGGUGGUUCUACGAAGCCGUUGCCAGAGAAGAGGUCAGACGAGACGAUGAAGGAGAGGACGAUGCAGCUUCUCAGAGAUCGUCAACAAACACCCACACAGAACAGCAAUGGCCGAUUCACACCCCAAGCCCUCGUCGUCCCCCACGACGAAGCCACCAAGGUCGCACACACCUUCUCCGGGUCCGACGGCUCCCCCACCGACUCCGCCGGCAACAGUGUCAGCAACAGUAUCAGUGAAGGUGGACACGGGAAGCACGGCCGCAAGCGCUCCAGAGAUUUGGACUACGGCGUACACCAGCUCGCGGAGAUGGACUACCAACAACUGCACAACGAAUCCUUCGAUCACGUUCCUGGCCACAUACCCUACCACGGCCUCCCCGACCCCUCACUCCCUCUCUCCGAACGCCUGCACAACAUAUAUCCGGAUAAGACGCACAAGGAUAAAGCGGCACGGGCAAAAGCUUUCUUUGCCUCUCUCACCAUCGACCAAUAUGAAGAGUGUGGGGAUUUGCUACUCGAUGGGUUCAGAGAUGUGAUGGACCGGCUGAGGCAGGCACGGCAGCAGAAACGAAAAGCGGCGAGGGCGAUGGAAGAGCAGAUCGCGAAGAGGGAGGAGUGGGUUCGGAAGAAGAGGGGGGUGUGCGAGCUGGAGCUCGGAAGACUGAGGAGUGCGGGGACGGCGGUUGUGAAACCUAUCAAGUCGAGAUGA